GGGCGUGGGCUGACCUGCCUACAGCUGGGGCCUGAUAAGGUGGCAGCAAAAGGGUGGAGGGGAGGCAGUGUUGAAGCUGGAGCAAGUAAUUUUCCCCCAAUUUACAGGGAAAAACUGAAAUUCAGAAAAGUUUAAUGUCACCCAGGGGCUGGAACCCAGACCUUUAGCAGCUCUCACUUUCACAAUGCCCUUGGGCGACUAGGCUGCAGAGGGGUUUCACCCCAAUCCCAGGGCACCUCAAGUGUCCCCACGAAACCUUCCUAACACCUGUCCACUUAGUAGGGAGGCCUCUCAGGGGGCUAGCUGUACUAGGCCCUUGCAACUGACCUAUGGGACCUAAGGCCUGGCCCCUCAUGGCUCCUGUCACCAGGUCUCAGGUCAGGGUCCAGCAGGCCCUGACCUGACGUGUGGAGCCAGAGCCACCCAAUCCCGUAGGGACAGGUUUCACAACUUCGCGGAUGGGGCUGUGGUGGGUCACAGUGCAGCCUCCAGCCAGAAGGAUGGAGUGGCUCCCACUCUUGCUACUUCUGACCCAAUGCUUAGGGGUCCCUGGGCAGCGCUCGCCAUUGAAUGACUUCCAGGUGCUCCGGGGCACAGAGCUACAGCACCUGCUACAUGCAGUGGUGCCCGGGCCUUGGCAGGAGGAUGUGGCAGAUGCUGAAGAGUGUGCUGGUCGCUGUGGGCCCUUACUGGACUGCCAGGCCUUCCACUACAAUGUGAGCAGCCAUGGUUGCCAACUGCUGCCAUGGACUCAACACUCGCCCCACACGCGGCUGCAGCGUUCUGGGCGCUGUGACCUCUUCCAGAAGAAAGACUACAUACGGACCUGCAUCAUGGACAAUGGGGUUGGGUACCGGGGCACCGUGGCCACAACCGUAGGUGGCCUGCCCUGCCAGGCUUGGAGCCACAAGUUCCCGAAUGAUCACAGAUACACGCCCACGCUCCGGAAUGGCCUGGAAGAGAACUUCUGCCGUAACCCUGAUGGCGACCCCGGAGGUCCUUGGUGCUACACAACAGACCCUGCCGUGCGCUUCCAGAGCUGCGGCAUCAAAUCCUGCCGGGAGGCCGCGUGUGUUUGGUGUAAUGGCGAGGAUUACCGCGGCGCGGUGGAUCGCACGGAGUCAGGGCGCGAGUGCCAGCGCUGGGAUCUCCAGCACCCGCACCAGCACCCCUUCGAGCCGAGCAAGUUCCUCGACCAAGGUCUAGACGACAACUAUUGCCGGAAUCCUGACGGCUCCGAGCGGCCCUGGUGCUACACUACGGAUCCGCAGCUCGAGCGAGAGUUCUGUGACCUUCCCCGCUGCGAGUACCGUACACCUGCGAAAGGUGGGUUUGGUCCCAGCCCCAGAGGGAUCUCAGCUAUAGCUCGGGGUCCGACCUAUAUCGGUCCAUCGAAGGAUCCGAGGCACAGCCCCGCCACGAGGCCACGACUGUCAGCUGCUUCCGCGGGAAGGGUGAGGGCUACCGGGGCACAGCCAAUACCACCACCGCGGGCGUACCUUGCCAGCGUUGGGACGCACAAAUCCCGCAUCAGCACCGAUUUACGCCAGAAAAAUACGCGUGCAAGUGAGGUGGGGGGCGGGCGUUGGGACGUGCUGCCGCGGGUGAGACGGGAGGAGGGUAGUCACGGGCUUAGGGCUGGAGGCUGGCGGGCUAGGACUGAGUGGAGUGCCUGCUUAGAGACCUUCGGGAGAACUUCUGCCGGAACCCCGACGGCUCAGAGGCGCCCUGGUGCUUCACACUGCGGCCCGGCAUGCGCGUGGCCUUUUGCUACCAGAUUCGGCGCUGUGCGGACGACGUGCGGCCCCAGGACUGCUACCACGGCACAGGGGAGCAGUACCGCGGCACGGUCAGCAAGACCCGCAAGGGUGUCCAGUGCCAGCGCUGGUCCGCUGAGACACCGCACAAGCCGCAGUGAGUUCACGUUUACCCCUGAACCGCAUGCACAACUGGAGGAGAACUUCUGCCGGAACCCAGAUGGGGAUAGCCAUGGGCCCUGGUGCUACACGAUGGACCCAGGGACCCCAUUCGACUACUGUGCCCUGCGACGCUGCGCUGAUGACCAGCCGCCAUCAAUCCUAGACCCCCCAGACCAGGUGCAGUUUGAGAAGUGUGGCAAGAGGGUGGAUCGACUGGAUCAGCGUCUUUCCAAGCUGCGUGUGGUUGGGGGCCAUCCGGGCAACUCACCCUGGACAGUCAGCUUGCGGAAUCGGCAGGGCCAGCAUUUCUGCGGCGGGUCUCUAGUGAAGGAGCAGUGGAUACUGACUGCCCGGCAGUGCUUCUCCUCCUGCCAUAUGCCUCUCAUGGGCUAUGAGGUAUGGUUGGGCACCCUGUUCCAGAACCCACAGCAUGGAGAGCCAGGCCUACAGCGGGUCCCAGUAGCCAAGAUGGUGUGUGGGCCCUCAGGCUCCCAGCUUGUCCUGCUCAAGCUGGAGAGAUCUGUGACCCUGAACCAGCGUGUGGCCCUGAUCUGUCUGCCUCCUGAAUGGUAUGUGGUGCCUCCAGGGACCAAGUGUGAGAUUGCAGGCUGGGGUGAGACCAAAGGUAUGGGUAAUGACACAGUCCUAAAUGUGGCUUUGCUGAACGUCAUCUCCAACCAGGAGUGUAACAUCAAGCACCGAGGACGUGUGCGGGAGAGCGAGAUGUGCACUGAUGGACUGUUGGCCCCUGUGGGGGCCUGUGAGGGUGACUACGGGGGCCCACUUGCCUGCUUUACCCACAAUUGCUGGGUCCUGGAAGGAAUUAUAAUUCCCAACCGAGUGUGCGCAAGGUCCCGCUGGCCAGCCGUCUUCACGCGUGUCUCUGUGUUUGUAGACUGGAUUCACAAGGUCAUGAGACUGGCUUAGGCCCAGCCUUGACCCCAUAUACCUUGGGGAGGACAAAACUUGUCAGACAUAAAGCCACUUUUCCUCUUUAUGCCUGUA